AUGCCCAUUGCCACUCCCAAGACGCCAAAAAAUGGCAUCACAAAGUUCACAAACUGCCGCCUUGUCAAAGGCGACGCCUUGGUGCAGGAAGACAUUUGGGUCAGCUCCGUCACAGGCAAGAUCAUCCACAGCCAAGCAGCGUUUUUCGACGACCUCAGCCUCCCAGAUGAAACCAUCAACCUGGGCGGUCGCAUCGUGUCCCCUGGCUUGAUCGACUGCCAACUCAAUGGUGCUUUUGGCUUCAACUUUUCCACACUGCUCGAGGACAUGACGCAAUAUGGUAAGAAGGUCCGCGAGCUCAACAAAAAGCUCGUGGCCACGGGCGUCACGUCCUACGUCCCCACGCUGACCAGCCAAAGACCCGAGCUUUACCAGAAGGCACUUCCGUAUCUUGGGCCUUCGGGGGGCUCACAAGCCGCCCGCGAUGGCGCCGAAUCCUUGGGGGCACACGUCGAGGGGCCAUUCCUCAGUCCUUCCAAAAACGGCGUCCACAACGUCGACGUCUUGCAAGAAGCAGAAACAUUCGAUGACCUGAAAGACUGCUACGGCGUCGAGAACAUUGAGCCUACCGCGAAUGGAGCCACAAUCCCGAUCAAGAUGAUCACGGCGGCACCAGAAAGGGGCAACAUGACCGACAUCAUUCCCGAGCUACGGAAAAGAGGCAUCAUCUACUCCAUCGGCCAUUCCGAGGCAACAUAUGAGGAAGCGUCAGCCGCAGUGGCUGCAGGGGCCACAAUGAUUACUCAUCUCUUCAACGCCAUGCGGCCUCUUCACCACCGCAACCCCGGCGUCUUUGGUGUUUUGGGUACUGCCGAGCGCCUGAACAGGCCGUACUUUGGUAUCAUUUCAGACGGCAUUCAUCUCCACCCGACAACAAUCAAGAUCGCCUUCAACGCGCACCCUGAUGGCUUCAUCUUGGUGACGGACGCGAUGCACAUGAUGGGCCUCGCAGACGGCUCAUACCAGUGGACUAAUGGGCAAAAUGUGAACAACAUCAUCAAGGUCGGCUCUACGCUGUUGCUGGAGGGAACCAACACCAUCGCUGGAAGCGCCCUCACCCUGAUGGAAUGUGUGAACAACUUUCUUCGCUGGUCGGGCACGGGCAUCCCCAAGGCCUUGAAAGCCGUGACUGCGACGCCUGCAGCGAUGCUCGGCCUCCAGGGCGUCAAGGGCUCCCUGGAAGACGGGGCUGAUGCUGAUUUGGUCGUCUUAUCUGAAGAAGUGAGAGACGGCGCUACUCAGUUGGUUGUGGAUGAGGUCUGGAAAGCUGGGGCGCUGGUGUCGAGCCGGAAGGAGAACCAAUCGCCGAUCACUCCAUAA